AUGAUACUCUCCUUUGAGGCUGAACUGAUAUCUUUUGUUGUGAUUGCGGUGAAUAAAAUUGUCCACAUUUUCAACCGUCAACCGACAUCAAGCGGUUUUCAAAAAGUUUCAAAAUUUGGUCAGCAUUUGGCCCACGUCCCAAAGACCUUUUUUCUUGUUUCCAUCUCAAGACGAUUUAGAAUCACAGAGCAGAAGAAUAUGAAGAAGCAAAAACCAAAACCAAACAGUUUCUCACAAUUUUCUGCUGUCUCGAUACGUUUGCCUGUCUUUCAAUAUCUAUCCCAAGUGGGUGCUAAAAAUUUACAUGCACUAAGAUUCGUUUAUGGGCUUUUGUGUCGGAAACUGUUUUCUCUUUGGCCUUUUGGAGUUUUCCAAAUUUAA